GGCGGGUGAGAAGGGGGAUGUGAAAUGUAAAAUGUACAGUUCGUAGACGAGAACCGCCGGAGUCCCUCUUAAAAACAGAAGAUAAACACAGGAUUAUUCACCGGCUGCAAACAUCUGUCAAUGGUUCGACUGUAGCGCACCAGGAGCUGCAGCAGCAGGGAUGAGGAUCCGGCUGCAGGGUCCCGGCCACGCUGCCAGCCUUCUCUCCGAGCUCAAUCGCUGCCGCCAGUCACGUCGUUACUGCGAUGUGUUCCUGCAGGUCGGAAACCGCACGUUUGCAGCUCACCGUGCGGUGCUGGCCUGCGCAGGGACGUACUUUCGCAACCUGUUUGCCCGGGCUUCAGCCUCGUCAACCACUGCCGCCGCCGCCUUCUCUCUGGAGUUUAUCUCCCCGGCCAACUUUGAGAAGGUGCUGACGUUCGUCUACACGGGGGAGAUCCUGACUGAUCUCAUAGAUGUUGGGGUGCUGUACGAGCUGGCUGAGCGGCUUGGUGUCAGCGAGCUGGUGAGGGCCUGUCACGCCAUCUUCCCAGACCUGCAGGCGUCUGUGUCUGCAAACUGUAAAGCCAGCAGCCCUGGAGACCUCCCCCUGGACUCUGGUAUGGUCGCUGCUGCUUCCACAGUGGCUGCUGUAAACGCCGCUUCUGUAUCCGCGUCGUCUGUGUGUUCGUCCGCCGCUUCCUGCUCGUCUCUGUCUUCGUCGGCCGGUCCGUCUGCUGCUCCCACUCCUGCUGCCGCUCCACCCUCACCUCUCUUCCAAGCCAGGGCAGCCAGGGCCAGCCGGGAGGCCCACACGGGGGCUCUGUCUCUGGACCUGAAGACAGAAGACGUCCAGUCUCAUAUCGGCUACGGGCGGAUGGCAGCAGAUCAUCAGCUACCAGGAGGGCAUCUUUUAACCAGCAGCAGCCACUCCGGUCAGAGCGACGGCGUGCUGCCUCCUGGUCCUGUGCUCCAGCUAAAGACUGAGCAGGGGCUGGAGGAGGAGGAGGAGGAGGCGGGAGGCAGCUGUGAGGAAGGCAACAGAGAUGGACAAAUGGUCUCCGACUCCGCUCCGUCCAACUCCUGCUCCUUCCCGGACUCUUCGGCUCAGCUCGGAGCCGAGGCCUGUGCCCCGACGUCAUCCUCAGGAGAGCCCCUCGAUAGCCUGCAGGUCGGAGCGGUGGAGGGCGGUGUGGUGGACCUGCAGAGGGACAGCGGGCUGAUGUUCAGAGAGGUGGAGGAGGGAGAGAACGAGGAGGAGAGGGAGGCUCUGCAGAGUAACGGAGAAAUGGAUGGGACAGAGGAGGAGCAGUGGAGGCAGCUGGCAGGCGAGAUCAUCGAGCUGAGCGACGACGAGAACUUCAUGGAGGAGGGAGAUGAAGAAGAUGACGAGGACGACCUUGUGUGCGUGGAGAACGGCGAGGGACAGAACUCCAGCACCCAGGUGACAGGAGACAUGCUGUCUUGUAAAGCCUGUGCGGCGCCUCUCCCAGCGGACCCGGCAGCCGUCAGAAGACACGCCGAGGCCCACCUGACGGAGCUGGGGCUGUGCAGGGUGUGCGGGGCCUCGUUCCCGGACCAUGCUGCCGCUAUCUCCCACUCCCUCUCACAUGUCGGGGUGCAGCUCUUCACCUGCGACAUGUGUCACCUGCAGUUCUGCAGCCAGAACAAGCUGCUGCGUCACCACCGCCAGACAUCCUCCGCUUACACUAUACCGCAGGGGGCGCUGACCAACGGCGGCCAGGGCCUCAGCUCCGAGCUGCAGUGUGCUGUGUGCAGCAAAACCCUCAGCAAAGAUUUCCAGACCGUCAAAGACCACCUGCUGAGCCAUGUGUGUCCUCAGAGCCUGAGCUGUGGAGUGUGUCACCUCCCCCAGCUCUCCCUCUGCUCCCUGCUGUGGCACGCCCUCGCCCACCUCUCGCUGCCAGUCUUCACCUGCCCGCACUGCGCCCGCUGCUUCGUGGAGCGCCCCCACCUGGACAGACACAUGGCUGUGCAUGCCGAGGAGGCGGCAGCGAAGGAGAGGGAGCGGUCUGUGCUGAGGGCUUACAGGGCAGAUGGAGGAGGAGGAGGAGGUGGUGAUAUGGCGGGGGUGGAGGAGCUGCAUUGCUUCCUCUGCCCGCAGACUUUCCGCUCCUCGUCGGCCUUUCAGUACCACCUCAGCCUGCACACCAACGAGUCCCUGGGGAGCGGGGGAGGAGGUGUCGGGGGUCAGGGCUGGUUAGGCAAACGUAAAGCCGACCAGUCUCUGGAGUGCCCUCCGUCCUCCUGCUCCUCCUCGUCUCCACGGGACGUCAGCAGCCUCGUUAAAAUGAGCAACCUGGGUCUGGGGAUGGGCUUCAGCAUCCCGGAUAAGUUUUUCCAGGGGCCGGCGCACAGCUUGUCCUCGGGGGUCCUGACCAACGGGAGCUCGGGGCAGGACGGGGGAAAUGGGGCGGCGGGCGUCCGUGGGAAAUGGUACCGGUGUCGCUACUGCGGCAAACGCUUCGCCCACUCGGGGGAGUUCACCUAUCACCUCCGCAUCCACACGGGGGAGAAACCCUACCAGUGCAAAGUCUGCCUGCGGUUCUUCAGGGGCCGCUCCACCAUGAUCUGCCACCUGAAGACGCACGCCGGCGCCCUCAUGUACCGCUGCACCGUCUGCGGCCUUUACUUCUCCACCCUGAAGCUGGUGUCGUCACACAUGGAGCUCCACAAGGACCACCUGCCGCCGGACUUCAACAUCGAGCAGACCUUCAUGUACAACGAUCACUCGAAAGAACCGCUGCCCACUGUGGACACCUGAUCGUACCCUCUCCCUCUCUCUGACACUAACUCUGUGUCUGGUUGUCGUGGACCAUAUACUGCGUAUAAUAGACUAGGGCCGCAACUAACAAUUACUUUUAUUAUCAGUUAAUAGUUGAGUCGGUAAAAUGUCAGUAGCUUUUAAGAAAUUAUCUGGCACAGUUGCUCAGAAGUCAAAGUGGCAGCUUAAAAUUAUUAAUUUUGUCCAAAGAUGUUCAGUUUAUAAUGAAAAAAGCAGCUGAUUCUCAAAUCUGAGAAGUUUAAAUCAGAGAAUAUUUGGAAUAUCUGCUUCUUAAAAUGACUCAAAACGACUAUCAAUCAGACUUCUUCUUUAAUCUAUAGCUCUGUUAUAGACUUAGACUUUUAGAAUGUAGUGGACUUAUCUGUCAGAUGCUGUUCACUGAGUAAACCUGUUGGGAGGUUUAGUCUCUUUGAACUAAGAUAAAAAAAGAAGCCACUUGGUGGCAGUGUAUCAUGUUCUGUGUCAGUGAAAAGAAAGGGAGGCUGGUGGAUUGUUGACUGUCAUGCAGUAUUCUGCUUAUAUCAAAUCCAAUCAAGUCUGUAUCUUUGUAACUUGAAGGAUAACUGGUAUUUUUUAAAAAUGUUUUUAGGUGUAAAUGAUUCAGAGAGUCUUUGGAAUCAGUGCAUCUGUCCACGUCAAAGUACGUCCAUUAAAGUGUUUUUUGGUUUUUUUUGGCCACUGACAGACUUAUAAUAACAAUCUAAGUGUCUGACAACAUUAUGGAGAGGAUUCCUACACAGAUAGACCUUUUUAUUAAAGAGUAAGAUCCUUUUUGUUUAGCCAGAAACAUCGCUUUAUGUCAGUACCAAACUCCAUUAACAAAAAGAGGAAUUUAAUCGAGCAGAACACAGGAGCUGCUGGCUACCAGUGUUUCUGUCUCUUUGUUUGUUUGUGUUAUUGUGUGAGUUUCAGUGAUGAAAGAUGUAUUCAGAUCAUUUACAUAAAUGAAGGUACCACACAAUAACAUAAAUAAACUAACUGAUGGAGACAGCAUUAUUCUCACAACUCCCUGUCGUUCUGCUCUGUAAAAUUCCUCUUUUUGUCAAUGGCAGUCUGGCACUGACACAUAAGGAUGUUUCUGGUCAAAAAAAGGAUUUUACUCUGUAAUAAAAAGCUCUAUCCCUGUAAGAAUCCUCUCCAUAAUGUUGUCAGAAACUUAAAAUAACAGUCUAACGAGCACUUUAGAUUUUUUUUUCUCUGUCAAACCGUUUAAACCUAAAAACAUGAGUUAAAGGCUCAAAAAUACCUGAGCAAUCCUCCGAGCAUCAGGAUAGGUUUUUAAUGUCAGUGACUGAUAAUUACACUGUUAUUAAAGUAGCACCUCAUUGUAGCAUAGAAAUUAUUUUCCUAUAUUUGCAGUCACUAUUUUCACACAAUCAGAUUUUUUACGUCUUUUAAAAGUUUCAUUUUUUCCCACUCCGUAGAUACGACGUAACAUCCGUCUAUUAUUGUAAAAAAAAUAAAAAAUAAAAAACAUGAGGCGUCUUUAUGAAUGCUCUCAGAAAAAUGCCAUUUAGUCACAUACAUGCUGUGUUGAGAGGAUCUGAAGCAUAUUGUGCUGUAGAAACAUGAUAUUUAAGUGCCCAUCGCAUCUUUGUGUCUUACCUCAUAUUUAUGAUGACAGUGCAAUUAUUUAUUAUUUUUUCAAUAUUGUUUUUUUGACAGAAUAAAAUAAAAUAAAUGCCUCUA